AUGCAGCGUCCUAUUGUGCUUUCGGGGCACACCCGUUCUUUGAACCAGAUCAAGUUCAAUCGCGAGGGCGAUUUGCUGUUCUCGGUUUCCAAGGAUAACCUAGUCAACGCGUGGUUCUCGCACAAUGGCGAGCGCCUCGGCACCUACAACGGCCACAACGGUACCGUGUGGUCGGUGGACGUGGACAACACCUCGACGCUGCUCGUGACUGGCUCGGCUGACAACCAGAUGCGUCUGUGGGAGGUCAAGACGGGCCAGUGCCUCUAUACGUGGGAGUUCCCUACCGCGGUCAAGUGCGUGCAGUUCAACCGCGACGGCACCGAGAUUCUGAUGAUCACGGAAGAGCGUAUGGGCUACCGCGGCGCGCUGCGCGUGUUCAAGGUGAACCGCGACCCGGCGUCCUGGACGAAGCAGGCGGACGAGCCGACGCGCACCGUCACCUUCUCGGGCUCCAAGGCGACCGUCGCCUCGUUUGACGCCCUCGACCACCACAUCAUCACUGGUCACGAAAACGGAAAGGUGGCGCUCUACGGCCACGACUCCGAGUACCCGGAAUCGGGCAUCGACGCGGAGCUCGAGCUGCACCACGUCGACGCGCACACCGACACCAUCACCGAUUUGCAGCUGGGCUGGGACAAGACCUACUUGGUCACCUCGUCCAAGGACAAGUCGUCGAAGCUCCUCGACGCGCUCAAGCUCGACAUCAUCAAGACAUACGCGACCGACACGCCGCUCAACUCGGCCAUCGCGCACCCCACGCGCCCGUACGUGAUUGUCGGCGGUGGUCAGGAGGCGAUGAGCGUCACGACCACCAGCUCGCGCCAGGGCAAGUUCGAGUCGCGCUUCUGGCACAAGGUGUUUGAGGAGGAGUGCGCACGCCUCCCGGGCCACUUUGGUCCCAUCAACACCCUCGCCAUCCACCCGACGGGCAAGGCGUACGCGAGCGGCGGAGAGGACGGCUACGUCCGUGUCAACUGGUUUGACCCUACCUUCUUCACCGCAAAGCCGUACGGCAACGAAUUUGAAAUCCCGGAGGAGGACGAGUAG